CCCUUUGCAUAUAUACCACUCAUGGUUUCACAAGUUGGAAUUUGACUUGAGCUCAGUGCUAUCGAUUUAAUAUACAUUUAUAUCCCAAUAUAUAUAAAAAUAAAUUAUAAAAAGACAAAUAAAAUUGCAGUAAUCCUUAUUUACUACCCAAGAGCUUAGCUUGAGAGAGAGCUCAUGAGCCAGUAAAUGAAAACAGACAGAGAAACAGCUUCUUCAAUGAAGAAACAAGGCUGUGAGAUUGAGGCAAUUGGAAUCAAUUACAAGAUCCACAACAAAAACAAAAAUCAUUGUUCUUUUAAGAUCUUGACCAAAGAGCCACACCCCCUCCAUAAUCAUAUUCAAGCAGUUGAUCCAGAGCCAGAGCCAGAACCAGAAGAUGUUCAUCAUCAGCAAGCCUCAAAACUUGAUCAAAAAGUACAAGAACCAAGCUUCAGCCAUGGAGUCAGGCAUGUCCUAAAGGACGUGGACUGCAGAGCAAAACCAUGGGAAAUCCUCGCGAUUGUCGGUCCAAGUGGCGCUGGGAAAUCAUCUCUGCUGGAAAUCCUAGCUGGGAAACUCACCCCACAAAGCGGUUCAAUCUUUGUCAAUGAGAAACCAGUAGACAAAGCUCAGUUCAACAAGACUUCUGGCUAUGUCACACAGAAAGAUACCCUUUUUCCUCUGCUUACAGUGGAAGAAACACUAAUGUUUAGCGCCAAGCUAAGGUUGAGGGUUCCUCCGCAUCAACUAAGCUCCAAGGUGAAGUCUCUCAUGGAAGAACUCGGCUUGAGUCAUGUCGCCGGAACUCGUGUUGGAGAUGAAAGAGUUCGAGGCAUUUCUGGCGGCGAAAGGCGGCGAGUUUCCAUUGGACUGGAUGUCAUUCAUGAUCCUAAAGUACUAAUUCUCGAUGAACCAACUUCAGGCCUCGACAGUACUUCUGCACUUCAGAUCAUAGAUAUGCUGAAAACCAUGGCGGAAACCAGAGGGCGAACUAUAAUUCUGAGUAUUCAUCAGCCCGGGUUUAGGAUCGUGAAGUUGUUCAACUCAAUUCUUUUGCUGGCAGAUGGUUCCGUUUUACACCAUGGGACAGUGGAUCAACUGGGUUUGAAUCUAAGGCUUAUGGGUCUGGAGCUUCCUCUUCAUGUAAACGUUGUCGAAUUCGCCAUCGACUCGAUCGAAACCAUUCAACAAUCUCAGCAAGCUCUUCACCAAGAAACGCUUCCACAAUUGCCUUCCUCAACUACACAGCACAAGAAAGGAGAUAAGUUCACUCUGCAGCAGCUCUUCCACCAAUCCAAGGUCAUUGAUGAAGAAAUCAUCAGUUCGGGAAUUGAUUUUCCUCAAGACUUCGCAAAUUCGAGGUUGAGAGAAACAGUGAUUCUCACUCAUAGAUUCUCAAAGAACAUUUUCCGAACCAAAGAACUUUUUGCAUGCAGGACCAUCCAGAUGUUAAUCUCGGGGCUUGUCUUGGGAUCCAUCUUUUAUGAUCUUAAGGAUGAUUUAACAGGCACUGAAGAAAAGGUUGGUCUAUUUGCUUUCAUUCUAACUUUUCUGUUAUCUUGCACUACUGAAGCUUUACCAAUCUUUCUUCAAGAGAGGGAGAUCCUGAUGAAAGAGACAGCUUGUGGGAGUUACAGAGUUUCUUCUUAUGCAAUUGCCAAUGGAUUAGUUUAUUUGCCAUUUCUACUCAUUUUGGCAAUCUUGUUCACAAUUCCGCUAUACUGGCUCGUUGGAUUGAACCACAAUUUCAUGGCCUUCCUACAUUUCUUGCUGUUAAUCUGGUUGAUAUUAUAUACAGCAAACUCAGUUGUGGUAUGUUUCAGUGCUUUAGUGCCUAAUUUCAUAGUUGGAAACUCUAUUAUUUCUGGUGUUAUGGGAUCUUUCUUUCUGUUCUCUGGCUACUUCAUAUCAAAACAUGGAAUUCCAAAAUACUGGAUUUUCAUGCAUUAUAUAUCUCUGUUCAAGUAUCCAUUUGAAGGGUUUCUGAUAAAUGAGUUCUCAAAGUCAGGGAAGUGUCUGGAGUACUUGUUUGGGAAAUGUAUGGUUACAGGGGAAGAUGUUCUUAGAGAAGAAGGAUAUGGUGAAGAAAGCAGGUGGAGGAAUGUGAUGGUGAUGGUGUCCUUCAUUUUGGUUUACAGGUUUAUUUCUUAUGUAAUUCUUAGAUUUAGAUGCACCCAGAAGGGAUUAAAGGAUGCCCUUCUUUAGAUCAGAAGGGAUUAAAGGACGCCCUUCUUUAGAAAAUUGAAAGUAUGAAACUCUGUUUUUCUUUUCUCUCUCUUUCACGAGUGUAUUAGAUGGCUCACAUGUCUUUGGAAUUUACUUACUAUAGCAUUAGCAUCCAAAAGAAAUAUCAUAAUUAAAAAAUGGGCCAAAAAAAAAAAAGAAAAACUUUUGUCAGCAGUAGCGCUAUUUGCUAGGUAGAUUUGUUUC